CUUGACUUCACCACUCAACUUUACUCCCUCCCCCCUAUCCCCUGUUUCUCGCUUGUCCCGUACACCCUCUCCAACCAGCAUGAGGCCGAUUUAACCCGACUAACGAAUCGAAGACGGAUAUGGAAACGUCUCACUAUCUAUCCCCAGAGGGGAUAUCACUACCCCCUAGUCCCGUGGAAUCGGUGGACUCUCCCGAACCGACAGCGCCGGGGUCCGCUGAAGACCGCGAGAACGACGUCAUGAUAACUCUGUCACGUCCCCCGGCCCCUUCGCCGAGUCGCUCGCCCUUCGCCCGCUCCCAUUUUCGGUCCCGAUCUCUGGCUGAGGUAUCUGGUCUACCUCCUAUGACGCGCGCUCACUCUACCCCGGGACUGGACUCACGGGGCAGGUAUAUCUUUGUUCAUGGUCGCGAUGCACCAACAAGUUCACCUGAUAAUGCCGCGAAACGCCACCUACCAUUUCAGGUCCCAAUGGGGGACAGUCUAGAGUCUAGAAUGAUACCCUUGACCAUCUCGGAGCCCAUUCUGGAGUAUGCUGAGCUGAACACCGCGAUGCCAUCUUCCUCUCCGACUCAGGGAGAAUCCCGCACAGCCUCGCCUGUGCUAUCCAACACUUUCCCUCGAAUGACCCGUCGACGACCGUCAUCACCUCUCCAUUUUAACCCGAUGAAUUCCACUGUUCAAUCGGCCAGCAGCCCCUCUUCCGCACACUCGUCUCCGAUAAUUCUCAACUCCAGAUUCAACGAAUCUUUUCCCGGUUAUUCGACGUCUUCUGCUUCAUCAAUGCCCUCGACACCAACAAGCCUUCGCUCGCGGAGUCCGAGUAUUUCAUCUUUAGAGACUAUCCCUGACAUUCCCGAUGCCGAAGCCGCUGCUAUUGAGGCUGAUCGGAUCGCUGCCUUGAAAGCUGCGGCUGAUAGAGCAGAUGCAGCGGAUUCGUCGACGAACGGAAAUCGUCGACGAGGGGCGUCAGACGCGUCAGGCCCUUCAAGCUCCAUGAUGAACAUGCGAACCGUAUCAGGUGGCUAUGGCCUCAGGACUGAUAAGCGGAAACGGUGGAGCGUUUGUGGGGCCGAGCGUCGUCAAGACCUCGACUUGGAAACGAUCUGGGAAGAUUGAUUUGUUGACUACGACUAAUUCCUCCGCAACCUCUAACAAAUGGUCAAGCAACAUAUGCUAAAUGAAGCAAAUUUGUGGGCUGUGCUUCAGCUUUUAACCAAUAGGUAUUGGUCUCAAUUUUGUGUUUUAAGUUCACCAACUGUUGCUCGGAC